AUGGCGGCACCGUUCGACAAGACGAAAAAUGUGGCGCAGUCCAUCGAUCAGCUGAUUGGCCAGACACCGGCGUUGUACCUAAACAAGCUGAACAACACCAAGGCAAAGAUUGUGCUCAAGAUGGAGUGCGAGAACCCGAUGGCGUCCGUGAAGGAUCGCCUCGGCUUCUCCAUCUACGAUAAAGCCGAGGCGGAGGGCAAGCUGAUCCCUGGCAAGUCUAUCGUGGUCGAGUCGUCCAGUGGAAACACGGGCGUGUCGCUUGCGCACUUGGGUGUGAUUCGUGGCUAUAAGGUCAUCAUUACGAUGCCCGAAUCCAUGUCUCUCGAGCGCCGCUGCCUGCUGCGUAUCUUCGGCGCCGAGGUAAUCCUCACGCCUGCCGCUCUCGGCAUGAAGGGUGCCGUGGCCAUGGCCAAGAAAAUCGUCGCCGCGAACCCCAACGCCGUCUUGGCAGAUCAGUUCGCAACCAAGUACAACGCCCUCAUACACGAGGAAACCACGGGGCCUGAGAUUUGGGAGCAGACGAGCCACAAUGUCGACUGCUUCGUAGCCGGCGUCGGAACGGGUGGCACGCUCACAGGUGUGGCGCGGGCGCUCAGGAAGGUGGGCAGUCAUGCCCGCAUCGUUGCCGUGGAGCCGACGGAGUCGCCUGUGCUGUCGGGUGGAAAACCGGGCCCGCACAAAAUUCAGGGCAUCGGUCCAGGCUUUGUGCCGGACGUGCUCGACCGCUGCCUCAUCGACGAGGUGUUUUGCGUGGCAGGUGAUGAUGCCAUUGAGAUGACACUGAAGCUCACACGCAGCGACGGGGUCUUUUGCGGCUUCUCUGGCGGCGCCAACGUUUACGCGGCGCUGAAGAUCGCGGAGCGUCCGGAGAUGGAGGGCAAGACAAUCGUGACGAUCAUUCCGUCCUUCGGUGAGCGCUACCUCUCCACCGCGCUCUACAGGAGCGUUCGGGACGAGGUGUCUUCCCUGCCCGUCGUCGAUGCCUCGGAGCUGCAGGACUAA